AUGCUCGUUCGGCAUCGAAUCUGGGGAACUUUCACACGAUUUUUGCACACCAGAACCAUGCUUGUAGAUGGAGCCGAGUACGUAACUGUCCAGGAGGGCAAGGCGGUCAUCCUUGUGCCCGAAGAAGAGAAGGUAUUCUAUAAUCCUAUUCAACAAUUCAAUCGAGAUUUGUCGGUGAUGGCCAUCAAAGCCUGGAGUCAAUUGUACUCGGAGAGCAAGAUCGGCCAACGAGAACACAAAAAGAGAAAGUUGGACAACCCAGAGGCAAAUGAGGGCAAAGAAAAGCCAUUUGUUAAUAUUCUCGAGGCACUCUCAGCCACUGGUUUAAGAGCCCUUCGAUAUGGCCAUGAGAUACCGAAUGUUCAACGAGUUGUGGCCAACGAUAUGCUCUCACAUGCCGUAGAGGCAAUAACCCGCAACACCAAGCAUAACGAUUUGAGUCGGAUUGUGAAACCCAAUCUUGGCGAUGCCAUCAAGUACAUGGCUGGUACCAGUGACAAAUUUCAUGUCAUUGAUCUCGAUCCUUAUGGCACUGCUGCUCCAUUUAUUGACAGCGCCUUGCAAUGUGUGGUGGACGAAGGGCUUUUGCUUGUUACUUGUACCGAUGCGGGAGUGUUGGCUGGUUCAGGGUACCCGGAGAAAUGCUUUGCUCUCUAUGGUGGUAAUAAUUUUGGUAACACUUUUUUGAGUAGCGAGGCCAAUCAUGAAGCAGGACUUAGAUUGAUGCUCCAUAUGAUCGCCACCACUGCCGCAAAGUAUAAGAAGACCAUAGAGCCACUCCUUUGUCUUUCAAUUGACUUUUACUUUCGCAUUUUCAUCAAGGUGAGAACCAGUCCCAUCGAGGUCAAACGUUUGGCUUCACGAACCAUGCUCACGUACCACUGUGGUGGGUGUGGACACAAGGUCAACCAGCCGUUGGGACGGGUGGUGGAAAAUAAAAAAUUUCAGAUUCCUCGAGCGGUUACUCCAGGCUCAAAUUGCACUUACUGUGAGUCUCAUUACAAUAUUGCGGGGCCUAUGUGGUAUGGACAAUUGCACAACCACGAGUUUAUUGACCGAGUACUCACCAUUAAUAGUGAACUGGACCCCGAAGUAUAUGGCACAACACAGCGAAUCAAAGGUAUGUUGACGUUGGCCAAAAACGAGUUAUUGGAUGAACCUUUCUACAUCAAUCUCAACCAAAUCUGCUCAUUUUUCAAAUCUCCUCCCAUUCCCAUUCAAGAUUUUUGCAGAGCAGUUGGCAAUUACGGUUACAAUGUCUCAUUGACUCACGCCAAGAAAAAUUGUGUCAAAACCAACGCCCCAUGGGAAGUUGUUCUCGACAUCAAUCGCCAAUGGCUAAUCAGAAGCAAUAAGAAAAGUUUACAAGAAAUCGAAGAGAAAUUAAAACUGGAUCCAGAAAAUGAAAAGCUCGUUGCCAAGCACCAAAAGCUUAAACAGUAUAUAGUUCUGAGCCCCAACUUGACCGAAGGAAUGGUGGGAUUCAAGCUUCUCAAGAAUUUGGCACCCAGCGACAAGACAGUGGAUUUUGAAACCGACAACGACGUUAGUGUGCGAGUUCACGACUUGCGUAAGCUCAAGAUGGUUCGGUAUCAGGAAAACCCCACGAAAAAUUGGGGGCCAAAAGCCAAGCCUAAAUAG